AUGGCUACCACCACCACCACCACCAAACUGACCAUCUUCGGCCUCGGCGCCAUGGGCACCGCCAUGGCCACCCAAUUCCUCAAACAAGGCCACACCCCGACAGUCUGGAACCGCACCGCCGCCAAAGCAAACCCCCUCGUCGAACAAGGCGCCCACCUGGCCGCAACAAUCCCCGCCGCCAUCGCCGCCAGCCCCCUCCUCAUCUUCUGUCUCCUCGACAACGCCGCCGUAGAACAAACCCUGGCCGCGGGCCCGCCCUCCCUCGCGGGGAAAACCAUCCUCAACCUCACAAACGGCACGCCCAGCCAGGCCCGCCGCCUCGCCACGCUCGCCUCCGCGCGCGGCGCGCGCUACUUCCACGGCGGCAUCAUGGCAACCCCCGAUAUGAUCGGGGCGCCGCACGCGGUGAUUCUCUACAGCGGCGGCGGGUCUGCUGAGACCUACGCGUCCGUCGAGGGCGUUCUCGCCGUGCUCGGGUCGGGCAAGUACCUAGGCGACGAUGCGGGGUCGGCCUCGCUGCACGAUCUGGCGCUGCUGUCGGGCAUGUAUGGCCUGUUCGCGGGGUUCUUGCAUGCCACGGCGCUGGUGCGCUCUGAGGGAGAGGGUGUCUCGGCGACGGAGUUCCUGGGGCUGCUGGCGCCGUGGUUGCAGGCUAUGACGGGGUAUCUGGGGCUGCUGGCCAGGCAGAUCGAUGAUGGGGUGUAUACGGCGCAGACGUCCAAUCUGGAGAUGCAGCUGGUUGCGCUGGAGAAUGCGUGCGCGGCGAGUAGGGAGCAGGGGGUUUCGGCGGAGGUGAUGCUGCCGUUGAAGGGGUUGGUGGAACGCGCUGUGCGGGAGGGGAGGGGAGGGCAUGAUAUUUCGAGUUUGAUUGAUUAUUUCAGGAAUGCCUCUGUAUAG